AGAAAACAUCGCUUAACUUGACCCGGGAGUAUUCGAGCGAAGAGAGGUGCGCGUGGACAGCAGACGACAGUAGUGCUGGUUGCUGAUGUAAACAACACUCCAACGCAAUCUUCGACAAGUCAGUCAUGUUUCUCCCCCCAUAUUAUUUAUUGUCGAAUUUUGAUCUAGAACACACUAAGGAAUACUUUUAAUUGAAAUAUUCCUAGAUCUAAGAGAAGGCCUGGAUCUACCUGGUUAGGAUACUUAGGCGACGUCAUACAAGAAGUGUUCCAUAAAGGGAGAAAAGUCAAAGACUUUCAAGCCACUUUGCGUUCCCCGUUCAACGAAAUCUUUUACUAUGGGGUGAACACAGAGAUGUAGACAUACAACUUGAAUACGGACACUUCUGUUUCUGGGAAAGCCAUUUGGAAAUAACUUUUGGAGUCUGUGUGUAUGCGAGAUGGGUUUAUGUUUUAGCUUGGACCAAGAAGAAGAGAAAGCAAGAGCCAGAAGUGAAGCUAUUGAUCAGAAACUGAGAAAAUGGGCGAAAGAGGAGGAGAAUAUCAUGAACAUACUUCUGCUUGGUGCAGCAGAAGGCGGUAAAAGUACUCUAGUCAAACAGAUGAAAAUAAUACACCAUGACGGAUUUUCACACGAAGAACUCAUGUCAUUUAGGCCUGCUGUGUUGGAGAACCUAGUCAACUCUAUGCAAUUUGUCCUUGGUGGCAUGGGAUUGCUUCGAAUUAACUUAGAAAAAUCUAACAAUAAGGCGUAUGUCCAUACAAUCUUGAGUUGCCGCUGCUGUUAUGAUGAAGAGAAUCAAAUGUAUGCAAAUAUUUAUGAAGCUUUGAGAAAUCUCUGGAGGGAUAGAGGUGUAAGGGCAGCAGUAGCCAGAGGCUAUGAAUAUGAAUUGAAUGAUUCGGCAAUAUACUACUUUGAAAACAUGGAGAGAAUUUGUUCUCUUAAGUACAUUCCUUCAUCUACUGAUGUGUUGCGAGCUCGAGUCAGAACUACAGGAGUGAUAGAAACUUGGUUUAAAGUGGGUGACAUAAUGAUAAGGAUGUACGAUGUUGGUGGUCAGAGGUCAGAAAGGAGAAAAUGGACACAGUGUUUUGAUAAUGUUCGAUGUGUUUUGUUUGUAGUAGCCAUUAGCGCCUAUGACAUGUGUCUUAUUGAUGAGCCGAGCUUGAAUCGCUUAGAAGAAAGUUUAAAAAUGUUUAGCCAGAUUAGCAACAACAGAUUUUUUAUCAAGAGUACUAUGAUUUUAUUUCUUAAUAAGUUAGAUUUGUUUCAAGACAAAAUAAAAUAUUCAAAGAGACACUUGCGCUACUUCUUUCCAGAUUUUACAGGUCCUGAUAAAGAUGUUGAUUCUGCUGCCAGAUAUAUCCAGCACUUGUUCCUAAUGCAAGUUACCAAUCCCUCCAAGGUUGUGUAUCCUCACUUCACAACAGCCACAGAUACCACUAAUGUUCAGGUUGUUUUUCAAGUUCUCAUGGACUCGAUACUCAGAGACAAUUUAAAGUCAGCAUCACUUUUAUAGCUAUGCAGCAGAUUGCAGCAAUAACUUGUCACUCAUUGUCAUAUAGCAACAUUGACUGAACAUUUGAGAAUCAUUUACCUGUGAGACAAUAGCAAAUACAAGAUUUCUGGUCACAGACAAUAUGCCAGUCAAACAAUCAUCAACCACUAAGAAAUCAAUGUCUCGAAAAUGAUCCCUCUGUUAGUCUUUAACCUAGGUUUUAUCAACCUCUGAAUGCCAUGCUACUGAUAUGUUAGAUAUUAUGCAGCACUCUUACUGCAAGUGGUUAUAUUUCAUAUUUAACUUGCCAUGCAAAGCCAGUAGACAAAAUGCAGCAUUGUUUUUUGUUUCUUGUAGUUGACAUUUUACAGCAUUGAAUGGACACUGCUGAUGUUGAAAAUGAGAUGUUGAAGCUAAUAUCAAGAGAUAUUAUGAGAAACUGCUGAUAAUAUUUACAAAGCAAGCACAUCUUUUUUUGACCACUGAAAAUAAGAACAAAAUGUACAGGCUGUGUGGCUGCUGUAGACAUUCUUUUCUUUUAAUUAAAUUAAAACUUUGUAUAAUUUAGAAGCUGAUAUUUGUCAACAUGAGUUAAUUAAAUACUAUUGAAAAUUAUGUUGGAUUUUUACAAUUUAUUAUGAAGAUGAAAAAGAAAAAAAAAAGACUAAAUUCAUUUAAAGAUGAUAAUUAACUUUAUGUGUUUUGAAAAUAGAUGUUGCCAGGGAUUGUUACAUUUAGAUGAUAUGGUUUCAGAGAAAAGUAAUUUGUAAAACGUUUGUUGUAAUACUUAUGUUUUCUUUGAAAUUCUCUUUCUGAUUUUGUUAGCUUGAAAUUCACAGAAAUUGGCUUUUGGUGUUAAUACUUGAUAAUGCUUAGUACAUUACUGAAAUGUCAUGUUUAUUGUUCAUUCUUUCUUGUUCCAAAUGCUAGUACUUCCCAAACUUAAAAUACUUUGAUUCAUCAGCACUGUCAAAUGUCAGGUGUUUGGAAAUAUCUAAAUUAAAAAAAACAUGUAACCCCCACCAUCCAUUAAUGACAGUAAACAUUUUUAUAAUAUUGUACUACCUAUGGAGAAAACAUACAUACUUUACUAUAUAUGUUUGAAUAUUACUUUUAUUUAUAAUGUAGAUGGAGGUAGGACACUUUCAAAUAAAAUCAGAAUCUCAAACCUUUAUAAUAUUCCACUGUCUUAAAUCUUGUUACAACCCAUAUGUUGCUAUAUUCUCUUUGCAAUUGUUUUAUAGUACAAACAUAGUUGUAUCUUAAAACAAAGUUCCUUCCAGAAAGAGGAAUUUUGUUGUUAAAAUGUUUAUUUAUUAACUAGUUUUGAACAUGUAGAUCUGGAAACACUAAUAUUUGAAAAAAAAAAUGUCUGUAUUGUACAAAAUAAAGUAAUUUUUGAUGGGUUAUGUGGAGUGCAAGACAAAAUAAAGUAAUUUGUGAUGGGUUAUGUGGAGUGCAAGACAAAAUAAAGUAAUUUGUGAUGGGUUAUGUGGAGUGCAAGACAAAAUAAAAUAAUUUUUGAUGGGUUAUGUGAAGUGCAAGACCAAAUAAAGUAACAUUUGAUGGGUUAUGUGGCGUGCAAGACCAAAUAAAGUAAUAUUUGAUGGGUUAUGUGGAGUGCAAGACCAAAUAACGUAAUUUUUGAUGGGUUAUGUGGAGUGCAAGACCAAACAAAGUAAUAUUUGAUGGGUUAUGUGAAGUGCUUGUCCUUACUUCUCCAUACAGAUACAUUAUUGCCAUAUUGUUCAAUAUUAAAUGUUUAUUAUAUUUAUUUAUUAUUGUCAAAUAAUGCCUUGUAGAAGUGGCAUUAUGGACAUUUUUAGUUUUCGAAUUGUGGUACUUUUGAAAAUAAAAUGUAUUUUUAAUUCAAGUUGUGUACAUUUAAUACCAGAGAAUUAUGUCUCUAAAAGUAAAAAAAAAAAUAAAAUGAAUAUUUAAUGUUUACUAUUUAGUAUAAAGAACAAUUUACUCUUGGUAAUAGAACUAUACAAGUCAGUAAUAUGACUAUACAAGUCAGUAACAGGACUAUACAAGUAAGAUACAUUUGUUUAUAAUGAAGUAUGUUAUAUUAUUUUUAUUGUUAUUGAAUGUUAAGGCUGUUACUUAUCAAGGUCUCAUUAUAUCAUCCAAACAUCAAUCAUGUUCUCAAUCAUUUAUUGAUAACAGCAGCACUUUAAUGCAUGCAUAAAUCGAAAAUGACAAUAAUUUAUUAACUCUCAGAUACAAGAACUUCUAGGUAGAUUGAUUUUAUAUUUGCAAAAAAAGAAUAUUUUUUUUUUUGUGAUG